AGUAUUCAAUCAAAAAUGGGAACCUUGAAAUCCACGCCAUGUCCGUAUUUAGAGAUGGCCUUACUUCUAGCCAUUGCGGCUUUUGAUGGAAUAAUUGACAGCUGCUUUGGGCCAAGUCUACAGGACCUUCACUGCCUGUACUCCGUUAGUGUUCAAACCAUCAGCACCCUGUUUCCCUUGUACGUUGGCACCAAGACAGGAGGUUGUUUGCUGUACGCGCCGUUACAUGCAGUGUUCUGUGAUAAUACACUGAUGAUGGGAUGUCUCCUUGGCAGUGGCCUGGUGUUGGUGAUACCGCUGAGCACCUCCUUCUGGAUGGCCACAGCUGCGAGUUUUGGAUUGGGACUUGCAGGAGGUGUUGCAAUCAGUGCCUGUGUUGCCAGAACCGGUGAGUUAAGCCACGAAAGUACCAUACCCUUUCACCUGUUGGGACUGGCAGCUUGUGGUGGACACAUCCUCGGCCCGUUGACGAUCUCCCCAUUUCUUAGCAGCAUCAGUCCCUACCGAAACAGAUCCAACACUACAGGCGAGGAUUUGGAGCUUACGACAGACCAAUGUGACGAGUCCGGGUCAAAGAUUAUAUAUGCAUACCUGAUAUUUGUUUUAUGUGGACUGAUUCUUGUCAUUCUUCUAGCUGUUUUACAUUAUGGAGGAAAGAACGACCCGGUGCAGAGUUCAUGCCAGAAGGAAAACAAAUCAUUUGGGAAAAUAGAACUUAUUUUAAUCGGUCUUCUUUUCUUCUUAAUGUUUAUUGGGGGUGGCACAAAUUUCGUGUACGGGUCACUACUGGUGCUCUUUGGAACUCACAGCCGUCUUCAUGUGCCCGAGAGCACGUUGGCCUAUCUGACGUCGUCGUUUUAUGCCGUGACAAUGUUUGGGCGUGUUGGCGGUGUGUUUGUCAGUUUCUUUGUUUCUCAGUCAUGUCUGAUCACUACAUGUCUUGCAGGGCUGCUAGUGGCAUCUGUGUCUCUGAUAUUUACUGGUGAAAUCAGUUUGCUUUACUUGUGGUCGUGUUCCCAUGUUCUGGCACUGUUCUAUGCUCCAUUCUAUGCAGGACUGAUAGCAUGGUGUGUGGAAAAUAUUAGGGUGAACAAUACUGUUUGUGCGGUCUUUACAUUCUGUGACCUAGCAGGGACGACAUUUGUAGCACUAGCUACAGGACAACUGAUGUCAGUCUUUGAACCACAAAUGUUGCAUUAUUCGGUUGCAACAAUAGCCGUGGUACAAAUACUGUUAUAUCUGUGUAUAUUCCUGCUACAAAAACUGGUACGGAAGAACACAAAUGAAGAAUACGUUGUUCUGGCAGGUACUUCUGUCAGUAAGUGAGUUAUGUUUAACUCUGAUCUUACCAAUAUUUCGGCAAUAUCAGGAACCAGGAACCUCUCUCUCUUUAGACCUGGUCCCAUAGGCCCAUUGUGUAUACUACUUAACCAAAAGAGAACGAUUUCGUAUUGGCCAGUAGCAAGAUCAUUAUAUGAUUCAAUUUUGUCGAUUAAAGGUGGAUGUUUACCAGAGAGAUUUUUUUAUAGACUGAAGGCACG